UUCUUUGAUUUGACAUUCAGUUCAGUAAUCACUAAAAAAAAUCAAUCCGUUCCAAAAUAAAUAAAUAUAUAGUAAAUAGAUUUUAAGUACUUUUGAUGUGAAAGUUACUUACAUAAAAAAAUAAUUUCUAGAUAGUUGUGAAACGUCGUAAAACAUGGUGUAUGUAAAAGAUGAUGGCACGGUGGUACAGCAGGCCCCCUUCAGUGUGUUCGGUUGGUUCUGGGGUAUACUCAACUUCUUCUACUUGCUCUUCCAGACCCUGAUCAACCCUAACUUCAACAAACAUGGAGACAAGUAUGUGCGUGACUUCCGUCCACCAGGCCACCCAAACCACCAACGCGCAAAUUCGGUGGGUUCGGACCGUCGGGUUCCGGACCUUCGCCCCCGCCCAUGGGGGGGUGCGGCUGCGGGUAACAUCGCGACUGCCACCUGCCACAGCGCUCGCCUGGCGCCACCAACGCACCAGCCCAGACCAACGCGUAUUGUACUCCUACAGCAAAUAUUAUACUCGACAAAUGCAAGACACAGUAACAAAUGUGGCUAUAAAUUGAUAGAUAGGUAACAUAAAAGUAUUAAUAUGUGUGAGCAAUUGUCUUAAAACACUUCAUUUACUGGCAAGGCUUCCUAUCUACUUGGCUGACAAUAUUAUUGUAUUUAUGUUCCUGUUGUUCUAAUUAUAAUUGGUUUAUUCAUUCACAUCAUAGUGUGGUGUGGGGCGCAUUAUAUAUUUUAUAUUAAGCUGUUAAUUGUAUUCUGUAAACUUAUUUUAUCGUAAGAUAAAGUUCAUUAUAGAAACUGACAUGACACUUGUUUACUAGGUGAACAAUAUGUGUACAGCAGGUUUCCUUAUUUUACUGUUCAGCGGCUAAUUGUAACAAGUAACAAAGUAAAUAUAAUGAUGCAGAUAAGAAAUAAUUAUUACUGUGUAGUAAAAUUGAUAUAAUAUACUAUUAUGUUACAUGUAUAUGUUGUAUGAUUUAGAUGAUGCAUAAUAGUGUUGAAAACAUAUACCUUGUGUAACAAAUAGACAAGCAAUCUCUGUAAAAGUGUCCGCGGCGCUUUAAAGGACACUACAACCGAUAUUGCACUUAUUUGAACAACCAUAACAUCUUGAUUUGAUGGGACGAACUUAUACUGCAUGAUGUAGGUAGGUACACGUACCUAUUUACAACACGGUUCGGACGCUUUUUUAGUUAACUCCUUAGCAAAUGUGAGUCUAUUUGUUAUAGGAUGCCCGUGGUUGAAAAUAAAUGUGUGGUAAGGUAACAAUUUCACUUUAUUUCCUUUAUUAAUAAAAUUUUUGGUAAUUAAAUCUAGUCUCGGGAGUCAGUAUAUCUAGCCUUCAAGAACAUGGAAGCGGUAAAUUAUGUAUAUUAGCUUAUUUUAUUACACGCGAAACAGUAACAUGCAUAAAUUCUGAAUGAUUGUGAUGUGAUACAAAGGAGGCUGCGCGGGCAAUCUCAUAUGGUUCCAUUAUUAUUGUUAUUACCAUAUAUCUAUAGGUAUUAUACGUAUAUUCACUAAUAAAAAUAAUAAUUAUAA